AUGCAGAAAUCAAUCCACGAAAUUGUGCGCACAGCCUGUGUGACGGGCCGUGCGAACCUUGCGUCGCGAUUUCCCUCGCUCAACGCGUGGCCCGAAGAGCUUUUUGAUUUGUUGGAGGACCAAGUACCGGACUGGUACACAGAAGGCGACGAGGAGCAAGGCCCGUGGUACAACCGGUGCGAUCUCACCGUCCUGCAGCUCGGGGCAAACGAGCUUGACGAGGUCGACGAGAGCGUGGGCGAGUUUGCCGGGCUUACAUGGCUCGAGCUGCAGCAUAAUUUGCUUUACACGCUGCCGGAUAGCAUGUCAAAUUUGCAGCAAUUGACCGCGCUGAACAUUGCGCGCAAUCAACUGACCGCGUUCCCCGCAUGCCUGCUAUCGCUCGAGCACCUUGCCUCCCUUGAUGUAAGUCAUAAUAAAAUUGCGUCGUUGUGGACGAUGGACGGCGCACCGAUGCCCGCACUUCGCACGCUUGAUCUAAGCCAUAACCGACUCACGCUGGACGCAUUGACUGGCCCGCGCGCACUGGCACUGGCACUGCCGACGCACCUGCGCCGCUUGGAUUUGAGCGAUAACGCGAUAAAAGGAUCGCUGCCCUUGCACCUUUUUUUCCCGCUUACCGCGCUUGAAGAACUAGAUCUGGAGGGCAAUGAGCUGAGCGACGCCGUGUUUGCGCUCCCGGAGCGCGAUGCGAGCGUUUCGCCCGCGCUUCCUGCGCUCCGUGUGCUCGGUCUGCGGCGCACGCCCCUGGCGUCCCUUGCGCCUCUUGAGUCUCUUUUUAAUUCCGGCACAUCGCUGCUGAUGGACGAGGCGCGCGACAAGCAGCGUAUGCCAUUACACAGUGCGGGUGCCCCAGCAGCGCCCAUUUUUGCGCACCAACUGCUGCGCACAGCGGUGCGACCCAGCAAUGCGGAGCUAGAAAUGGCGCCGAUUGCCGUGCUUGGCCCCGGCAAAGUGCCACGUACGCUCCCAUUGCUGUUUGUCGUGCUUGACCAGCUCUUGGUCAAGCCUGAAUCCACACGAAAGCGACGCGCACGCGCCAAAGAGUCUGACUCGGCGCGGCGGCGCGACGAGCAUUGCAACGAUACGGCACAAGACGCCGGCAGCGCGCUUGCCAAUGCCAAGCUCAGCACAAAAAAAAAGGAAGCGCUCGGCCAAGUCCCGUGCAAGUUUUUCCGAAAUAAUGGAUGCUCCGCAGGGGAUGCCUGCCCCUUUGCUCACACUUUUCCCGCCGAAGGACAGCAAAAGGCAGUGUGCCAGUGGUAUGUAAAAGGGAGCUGCCGUUUUGGCCACCGCUGUGCACUUGCACAUAUUAUGCCGGGCCAGCCCAUGAGCAUGGACCGCAAGAAUAAGCGCGCGUCGCAACAAAAUACGCGGCCCGACGAACGGCCCGACGAAAAGGGGGGGCGCACGCACGGCACACCGAUACUUCCCCCAGCGCCGGAUGCGGUGUUUGUGCCUGGCGCGCGCAUGCCCAAGGAGGACGAUGCCACUUCUUCACUUUCGUCCUCCUUACGGAAUGCAAAACUCCACAACGGGUCCAGGUCGGCUUGGGACGCCGAUCCAGCGCGCGCAUCGCACGACGCCGCCAUGCUGGGGUUCGGCACGAGCCCAUUCAGCUAUCCUGGAUCUCACGGCCUGUUUUUCAACACAAACAAGGAGCCCGCGGCGCCAAACGCGCCAAACGCACCGGCCGAGUCGCUGUGGUCCGUGCCGCGCACGGACGAUCCACUUGCCGAGCAUGCGGAAGAUUUCCUGCCGUCGAGUCUCAGUGAUCUGCUUACCAAUGCCGAGCGCGAGCGGCGCACUUUGCAUACGCGCGACACGACAAGUCGUCCCGUUGUGCUCGGCCAUGCGAGCCAAAGCCUGCCGUCGCGUGGCUUUGAAUUGGACGCGCUCCAGGAUAUUUCGCCGCCCGCAUACAAGCAUAGCCGCAUGUUCAACAGCACUAACGGGAGGAUCGGCGCGCAAGGCAUGCCUGGCUCUGUGAACGCACCGAAAAAUGUGCACGCAUCACCAUUUCUCGCGCCUGUCAUUUCGCCAACGCUCAGCCCGCCCGGCGCGAUUGGAGACCGUAGCUUUUCGCUGUACGGAGCGCGGUUUGCCCCUGAGGAGGGCACGCGCCGUGCGGGUAACUAUGGGCGCGACCGAUUCCACACGCCGAGCUCGCCCGCCAUCCUCCCGCGCACGGACGAUGCCGACGACGCCAUCUUUGAGCUCGAGUAG